AAGGGGUUGGAAAAGUUGAGGCAGAGAGUUGGAGUGGAUGAAGUUGAGCUCCAGUCCAGACUGUUCAGUGUUCAGUGAACGCUGGCUCUUCUCUCCCUCUCUCUCAUGGUGUCCUUGUCGCUACUCUCCCUCUCCGCAACGUUUUCUCGUUCUCGCCUUCACUUCAUUCCGAGGCUCUCGCUUCCGUCGUCGCUGAGCUCUGUCCGGCGAACGACCCGCCGCAAUGGGCCACCAGCGCGGCUCUCUUCGUCGUGGCCGCCGCCGUCCUGCCCUCCGUUGGAUUCCCAUUCCUUUGGCUCCUCGACCUCGAGGAACUCCAGUUCCUCGGUUCCGUGCGGAGGAGCGGCGGUCGCGGAUGGCGAUGAUCUGGUCGUCCUUGGCAUCGAAACGAGCUGUGACGACACCGCGGCUGCCGUUGUGAGAGGCGAUGGACAAAUUCUGAGUCAAGUCGUGUCUUCUCAGGCAGAUCUGCUCGUUCUAUAUGGAGGUGUUGCUCCCAAAGUGGCGGAAGCUGCUCAUGCUGAAGCCAUUGAUCAGGUUGUUGAGGAAGCACUAAGCAAGGCUAAUCUGACGGCCAGAGACUUGUCUGCAGUUGCUGUUACUAUUGGUCCUGGUUUAAGCCUUUGCCUUCGCGUUGGCGUGCGAAAAGCUCGAAACAUUGCUGGGCUCUUCUGCAAGCCUAUUGUUGGCGUCCACCACAUGGAGGCCCAUGCUUUAGUUGCAAGGAUAGUCCAACAAGAUUUGCAGUUUCCUUUCUUGGCCCUUCUCAUUUCUGGUGGACACAAUCUACUUAUCCUUGCUCGGAGUCUUGGUCAGUAUGUGCAACUUGGCACCACAAUAGAUGAUGCAAUAGGCGAGGCAUAUGAUAAGACAGCAAAAUGGCUAGGUCUGGAUUUGAGGACGAGCGGUGGACCAGCAAUAGAGAAGCUUGCCCUGGAGGGUGAUGCAGAAUCAGUCAAAUUCUCAACACCGAUGAAGCAGCACAAAGAUUGCAAUUUCUCCUAUGCUGGCUUGAAAACCCAAGUGAGGCUGGCAAUAGAAUCCAGAAAUAUAAAUGCUCAGAUUCCUAUUUCUUCAGCAACUACUCAAGAUAGAAGUGACCGAGCUGACAUCGCUGCCUCCUUUCAGAGAGUUGCAGUUUUACACUUGGAGGAGAGGUGUGAACGUGCAAUUGUGUGGGCAAUGGAAAUGGAGCCUUCAUUGAAGUAUCUGGUCGUUUCGGGAGGGGUUGCAUCAAAUAAGUAUGUCAGGUCUCGGCUUGAUCAAGUAGUGAAGAGAAAGAGCCUGGAACUUGUGUGUCCUCCACCUAGCCUUUGCACUGACAAUGGUGUGAUGAUAGCUUGGACUGGCAUUGAGCACUUCCGGAUGGGUAGAUUUGAUCCUCCACCACCGGCAGACGAACCUGAGGAUGCUAUGCCUAAGAAAGACGAUAUUUGUUGGUUUGUGCCACAGUAUGAUCUGCGACCUCGGUGGCCAUUGGGGGAGGAACAUGUUAAAGGAAGAAGCGAAGCUCGCUCUUUGAGAACAGCUCGGCUUCAUCCAUCGCUGACAUCAAUUAUCCAAGAAUCUCUGCAGAAGCAAUCCUGAAUUGUGUCGCCUAUGAUUCAAUUUGACAUAAGCGUGGAGCUCAGUCUAUGGAAUCAUCGUGCUGCAGCUGCUGCCUGAUGUCGGUCACGUCGGAGAAGAUUACAGUGAUGCUGAAAUAUAAUGUUUAUCGGCAGCCUGAAAGAGAACUCUGUGUAGAUGGUGAGAGAUUAAUUGUUUCAUCGGUUGGUCUGUAAAGGGUACCACAGCAAAUGAAACUUGGUGCGAGUUCCACUCGCAGAUGAAUAUUCCAAAAGUGACCGCGUUCCAUUCUUUUCUCGGAUAUGUGGAACAAGUCAAGUUUUACCGCAGUCAUAUGUUCACGA